UCGAUUUCUAUCCCACUUUUCUUACCAAUACCCAAGAAAAUGGUCUCAGAGGAUGCAUACUGCUCCAUGAAAUCGAACCUCCCGGAGCUCAAAAGGCUUUUGGAAGAGGAACACUAUAUACGAUGUGUAACUUACGGCGAGCGCCUCUUAUCUCGCAGCCAUGAACACAUCCAUCCUAUUCAUUUGGUGUAUAUCCACUUCUUUCUCGCCAUGUCUCACGACAUCAUGGCCCGCGAAGCAACACGUGCACGCCGUUGUUUUGAACUCAACCGGGCAGAGAAGCACUACCUUCUAGCCAUCACCUCACUCAAUGCACAAAUCUCAGAUGCCAUUCCGCCCCCUUCUUACGUCCUGCCCGCCUCUCCAGCCCUAUCCGAGGAGGGCUUUGGAAAGAGAAGCCGACGCACAUCAGACGCCUCUCAGCAAUCGUUCGCAUCCAGCGCCACCUCCAUAAGUGACACAGACCACGAACCCACUUUCAAAAGACCCUUCCACAAACGCACAACAAGCUUCACACAUUCCUCAUCGUACUGUUGUCCACCAAUCCAGAAGCUCCCGGAAAUUCCCUUCGCACCACAAUCCGCACUGUCCGAUCUAGAAUGGGUAUUCCUCGCCGACCUCUCCUGCUUCAGAGGCGUUGUCCGCGAUCAUCUCCGAAAUAUCGUCGAUUUAAAGCAAGAUAUGCUUCCUUCCGCUGUUCCAACUGCUCAUUCACACAACCGUACGCAGUCGACUACACUUGCACACUCUCGGAGUACCUCUCAUAUAAGCGCCAUACCUAUCAUGUCCCACUGUCGCACCCAAUCGACUCCUGCGAUCGAGAGCAGUAAACCUGGAUCGCGGUUCGCGAAUAGACGGAUGUUGCCUUAUCGACCGAGAUUCGAUCCGACGAGCGUGCAGAAGCUGUGUAGUGAGGCGCUUCACGAGCUUCGACGCUGA